AUCUCUCGAUCUAUUACUCCUCCGCUCCGCCGCUUUCUACGGCGGCCUAAAACCUAGAAUCCUAUGCAAACAAGGACCCGUGCAAACGGUAUGCGAAUUCCGGCCGCCACCAAGCCAUUAGAGGCAGCGGCGACGCCGAAGAAGCCCAAGCCAGCACCCGAGCCCUUCGAAAGCGACUCCGCGUGCUCCUCUCCGUCCGCGUCGGGGUUCCUCAUCGUGCCCUCGCAGAAGCUCAGCACGGAGAAGAAGAAGAAGAAGAGCUCCGCGUCCAAGGUGUUCAGCGACGGCGACGUGAUUUCGCUGCUGAACGGCCUCGCCGCUUUCUGGGUGAAUGGGCGGAACAAUAAGUGGGCGGAGUUUCACCAAUUCGUCGAGGGGGGUCUGUCGAAUCGGUACACGAAGGUUCAGGUGUCGGAGAAGAUUCGGAGUUUGAAGAAGAAGUUCGAGUCCAAUUUGGAGAGAGCGAGGUUGAAUGGGGGAAGGGUUGAUUUGGCGGAUAAUCAUGAAUUGGCUGUGUUUGAGCUGUCGAAGGGGCUUUGGGGAGAUGAGAGGGGUGAGGGAAUUGAGAGCGGCGUUGUGCAGGAGAAAGGGGGGAAGGGUGAGUCUGUGGAUGGGGAUUGGGAGGUGGUUGAGAAGGAUGAAGGAAGCAAUAGAAGGAAGAAGAAGAGUAAGAAGAAGAGGAAUCAAAUGCGUGAGGAAGGUGAAGAGAGUGAUACAGCGAAGAAGGGGGAGAACGGGAUUGAAGAAGGGGACGUCGGUGAUGGUGAUGGAGGUAAUGCGGUUUUGCACGGUGAAGACAGCAAGGAUAUGGGGAAGCCGGAGCAUGGGAAUGGAGAAGCGGUGGAAGGAGGCGAGAGCGAUGGUGCUGAUGUGGCAUCGGAGGAAGGCGAGGUGAAUGAUGCAGCCAACACGAUUCUCAGCAUAAGGAAAUUGGCCGAAGCAAAUGGUGGAGGAAGCAUGGGCGAAGCAAAUGGUGAAGGAAGCAAGAAAACGAGGGAACUGUCCAGAGCAAAUGGUGAAGGAAGCAUGGCCGAAGCAAAUGGUGAACGGAGCAAGAAAACGAGGAAACUGGCCGAAGCAAAUGGUGAAGGAAGCAAGAAAACGAGGGAACUGGCCGAAGCAACUGGUGACGGAAGCAUGGCCGAAGCAAAUGGGGAAGGAAGCAAGAAGAAGAAGAAGAAGAAGAAGAAGAAGAAGUGGGAGCAAGGGGAUGGGAGUGAUGGACAGAAGGAAACAGUGAUGGAAGAUGUACAGGUGGAGGAGAAUGAUGAGGGAAACAAGAAGAAGGAAAUAGUGAUGGAAGAGGUGAAGGGGAAUGAACAGGGAAACAAGAAAUUUAGCAAACGGAAACAGGUCGAUGGGAAUGGUGAAAGAACCAAGAAGGCGAGGAAAACAAAACUAGUGGAUGAGUGUGUUGAAGUUUUGAAACCAGUUAAGCAAGCUGGUGAAGACGAAGAGUUAAUGGAAGAAAGGGUACAAGUAGAUGAACAAGAUAAGAAAUCUAAGAAGAAAAAACGAGUAGAUGGACAUGAUGCAAAGAAAGAUUUGGCUAAACAAGGGAAGCAAGAGGGAGAAGAAGAAGAAGAGAUAUUGAAAGAAGGGAAACAAGUAGAUGGGCAUGAACGCAAGAAAUCGAAGAAGCAAAAACGAGUUGAUGGACAUGAUGUAAAGAAAGAUUUGGCGAAACAACAAGAGGAAGAAGAAGAAGGAUUAUUGAAAGAAGGGAAACAAGUAGAUGAGCAUGAGCGAAAAAGCAAGAAAUCUAAGAAGCAAAAACGAAUUGAUGGACAUGAUGUGAAGAAAGAUUUGGCUAAAGAAGGGAAGCAAGAGGAGGAAGAAGAAGAAGAAGAAGAAGAAGAAGAAGAAGAAGAGUUAUUGAAAGAAGGGAAACUAGUAGAUGAGCAUGGACAACAAGACAAGAAAUCUAAGAAGAAAAAAAGAGUUGAUAGACACAAUGUAAAGAAAGAUUUGGGUAGACUAGGGAAGCAAGUGGAUGACCAAAGUGAUGAAGAACAUGAUAUACCAACAAGACAAACACUGAAGAUGGAGAUGGAGAUUGGAGUUGAUGAUUUUCAGACUGCAUACCCGCUCUUGUGUUCACCAUUUGAUUUCAUUAGUUCCAAUAUUACCAUGAAACAAUGUGUUUUGAUUGGGCGAGAGGAUGCGCAGAAGCUUGAAGAUCAGUUGAGGGAACUCAAGGCUGAGGAGCUUCGCUUGAAGCUUAAAAGGCUUGAUCUGAUGAACCGCCUAGGAAAAUGAAGGAAGCACAAUAUGUUUAAACAGAUCAGAAGGCUCCAAAGUCUGGUUUUUCUUUAAGCAUAUUGAUGGACUCCUAUAUUUGUGACUUGCUAGGUGCUCUUUAAGAUGUUUGGAUUAGUGUAUUGAUGUUUUUGAUGAUCAUGAUUCUGGAAUCCUGUCUGGAAAUUUUGUUUUGAAACAGAUUUAACUGAUGAUGCUGCGAAUGUGAUGGAGAAUUUUGGAUGUAAUUACUUUCAGUACACUUGGUGGUUUUGGCAUCAACUACAAGAGAGAUUUUAUCUUUGGAUCUUGUAUUAGUCUUGCAUCUCUGUUUGGAUGAAUGGUGAAAAACAAAGUUGCAAUAGUAAUUGAUUUUUAGUGUA